CGCCUCUGGGGCUUGUGUGGUAAAAGGUGCGGCAGCUCUGUGACAACUCUCCCUUCUGCCUUUUACUUCGGCCUUAUUAUCAACGACUUCAGGAUGUCUGUGUGGGAUGACUUAGAUCUGCUAUUGGAUUCCCCUUCCUCACUGACAAUGACUUCAAAUACAAGAGGAACUGUGAAAGACAACCCAAGUUUCAAAGUUGAUGAAGAUGUUUCGGCGUUAAAGAAGGCCAUAGAGGGUCUUGGUACAACUGAAAAAACACUGAUUGAGGUGUUGACCCAAAGAAGUAAUGCUCAGCGACAGCUCAUUGCUCAAGCAUAUGAGAAAGCAACUGGAAGGAAACUGGUGGAUGACUUGAAGGGCGACACCCAGGGAGAUUUUGAGGAUGUACUUGUUGCUUUGGUAACACCUCCGGCAGUUUUUGACUGUCAUGAAGUCAUUAAAGCAAUAAAGGGAGCCGGAACAACAGAGAGUAUACUGACUGAAAUAUUUGCUUCCAAGUCCAACAAACAAAUUAAAGCUUUAUCCGAAGCUUACAUGGCAGAAACUGGAAAGUCAGUGCUUCAUGAUCUAAAGGGAGAGGUGUCCGGGGAGUAUGGCAAAGCCCUCCUUAUCCUUGCUGAGGGCAAAAGAGAUGAGAGCACCCAUGUCGACACUGCUAAAGCCAAGGCAGAUGCAAAGGCCUUAUAUGAAGCUGGCGAGAAAAAGUGGGGAACGGAUGAAGACAAAUUCAUUGAUAUCUUAUGCCACAGGAGUAUUCCACAGCUGAGACAGACUUUGGUUGAAUACAAGGAAAUUAGCAAGAAAACUCUACAGGAAAGCAUAGAAAGUGAGAUGUCUGGCAAUCUGGAGACACUGCUUGUUGCUGUUGUGAAAUGUGUUAAGAAUGUCCCAGCAUACCUUGCAGAAAUACUGUUCAAGAGUAUGAAGGGUGCAGGUACCACAGAGUCCAUUCUGACCAGAAUUAUCGUCAGUCGUUCAGAAAUUGAUUUAAUGGACAUCAGAGCAGAGUACAAAAAGCUUUUUGGAUAUUCACUCUACUCUCAGCUUGAGUCUGAAGUAUCGGGUUGCUAUGGUGAUGUCCUCAAACAUCUGUGUGGACAAGACUAACUCCACCCUUGGAGGAGAUGAGAAACAUGUGGGGUAGUUCAGCAUUCAAACAGAACAGAAACAAAAAAAACAAUUUAGUAGCAUUUUAUUGAAAUAGUCUUCUAAAACUCUAACAAUUUAUUGCGACCUGCUGAGGAAUUUUAACAAUUUCUACCCAGGCCUAGAUAUUUCACAUAUACAGUAAAGUGAAUUCAUGCACAACAAAUACUACCAUAAAAGUAAGACCUACUUUUUACUCAAAUAGGACUAUAUUAUGUUCCAUUUAAUAAUGUUCCACAAUUUUUGUAGUAUGCACAAAUAACCUGUAAUUAAAAAAAAGAUACCAAAUCUG